GCUCGCUUCCCGUUUACCGUUCAAUUAAAGGGGCACAGCCUAGUAGUGGUGGCCGUCCCAGCGCCAUCCGUUCUCCGUCUUAAAGAGGACCCGCCUCGGCACAGCCGGGCUCGGUCCGGCCUUGCGACUAAAAAUGACAGCCAUCAAGCAUGCACUACAAAGAGACAUUUUUACACCCAAUGAUGAGCGCUUGCUGAGUAUUGUCAAUGUCUGCAAAGCAGGAAAAAAGAAAAAAAACUGUUUUUUGUGUGCCACAGUGACUACUGAACGCCCUGUGCAGGUGAAGGUGGUUAAAGUCAAAAAAUCUGAUAAAGGAGAUUUCUACAAAAGGCAGAUUGCAUGGGCCCUUCGAGAUCUUGCUGUGGUAGAUGCUAAGGAUGCGGUUAAAGAAAAUCCAGAAUUUGAUUUACAUUUUGAAAAAAUAUAUAAAUGGGUUGCCAGCAGCACUGCUGAAAAGAAUACAUUUAUUUCAUGCAUUUGGAAAUUAAAUCAGCGAUAUCUCCGGAAGAAAAUUGAUUUUGUCAAUGUUAGCUCACAGCUAUUAGAAGAACUGCCUAAAGUUACUGAAGAAUCUGUUCCGAGUGGAGAAAAUCAAAGUGUGACGGGAGGUGAUGAAGAAGCCGUAGAUGAAUACCAAGAACUAAAUGCAAGAGAAGAGCAGGAUAUUGAAAUAAUGAUGGAAGGCUGUGAAUGUGCAAUCUCUAAUGCUGAGGCCUUUGCAGAAAAGUUGUCCAGGGAGCUGCAGGUGCUAGAUGGGGCCAACAUCCAGUCUAUCAUGGCCUCUGAAAAGCAAGUGAACAUCCUGAUGAAGUUGCUGGAUGAGGCUUUAAAAGAGGUGGAUCAAAUUGAAUCGAAACUUAGCAGUUACGAGGAAAUGCUCCAAAGUGUCAAGGAACAAAUGGAUCAGAUCUCUGAAAGCAACCACCUCAUUCACCUUAGCAACACUAAUAACGUAAAACUCCUGUCUGAGAUAGAGUUCCUUGUAAACCACAUGGACUUGGCCAAAGGCCACAUAAAGGCACUUCAGGAAGGAGAUCUUGCUUCUUCCAGAGGUAUUGAGGCCUGCACCAAUGCUGCUGACGCCCUUCUGCAAUGCAUGAAUGUAGCUCUUCGCCCAGGUCAUGAUAUGCUUCUGGCAGUCAAACAGCAACAGCAGCGUUUCAGUGAUUUGCGAGAGCAUUUUGCCCGGAGAUUGGCCAGUCACCUCAACAAUGUUUUUGUUCAACAGGGUCAUGAUCAGAGUUCAACUCUUGCUCAGCACUCAAUCGAACUCACUUUACCCAAUCAUCAUCCAUUUCAUAGAGACUUGCUCCGGUAUGCCAAGCUAAUGGAGUGGCUAAAGAGUACAGACUAUGGAAAAUAUGAGGGGCUUACAAAGAAUUACAUGGAUUAUUUAUCACGACUGUAUGAGAGAGAAAUUAAAGAUUUCUUUGAAGUUGCAAAGAUCAAGAUGACUGGCACUACUAAAGAAAGCAAGAAGUUUGCUACACUGCCUCGAAAAGAGAGUGCUGUCAAACAGGAAACAGAGAGUCUUCAUGGAAGCUCUGGGAAAUUAACUGGAUCAACUUCUAGUCUAAAUAAACUCAGUGUUCAGAGUUCAGGGAAUCGUAGAUCCCAGUCAUCUUCCUUGUUGGAUAUGGGAAACAUGUCGGCUUCUGAUCUGGAUGUGGCUGACAGAACCAAAUUUGACAAGAUAUUUGAACAGGUACUGAGUGAACUGGAGCCCUUAUGUCUGGCAGAACAAGACUUCAUAAGUAAAUUUUUCAAACUACAGCAACAUCAAAGUAUGCCUGGAAACAUGACUGAAGCAGAGGAACUAGAUGGAGGCAUGUUUUCACGGCAACAUAAUGCUGGUGCACCACUGCCUGUUUCAUCUGAGAAAGAUAUGAUCCGCCAAAUGAUGAUUAAAAUAUUUCGCUGCAUUGAGCCAGAACUUAACAACCUAAUUGCAUUAGGAGACAAAAUUGACAGCUUUAACUCCCUUUACAUGCUAGUCAAAAUGAGUCAUCAUGUGUGGACUGCUCAAAAUGUGGACCCUGCUUCUUUUCUAAGUACUACAUUAGGAAAUGUGUUGGUGACUGUCAAAAGGAACUUUGACAAAUGCAUUAGUAACCAAAUAAGGCAAAUGGAAGAAGUAAAGAUCUCAAAGAAGAGUAAAGUAGGAAUUCUUCCAUUUGUUGCUGAAUUUGAAGAAUUUGCUGGACUCGCAGAAUCAAUCUUUAAAAAUGCUGAGCGUCGUGGAGAUCUGGAUAAAGCUUACACAAAGCUAAUCAGAGGAGUAUUUGUUAAUGUGGAGAAAGUAGCAAAUGAAAGCCAGAAGACCCCCAGGGAUGUUGUUAUGAUGGAAAACUUUCACCAUAUUUUUGCAACACUUUCUCGUUUGAAAAUCUCAUGUCUGGAAGCUGAAAAAAAAGAAGCCAAGCAAAAAUACACAGAUCAUCUUCAGUCUUAUGUCAUUUACUCUUUAGGACAACCUCUUGAAAAAUUAAAUCAUUUCUUUGAAGGUGUUGAAGCACGUGUAGCCCAGGGUAUAAGAGAGGAAGAAGUAAGCUAUCAACUUGCAUUUAACAAGCAAGAACUUCGUAAAGUUAUUAAAGAAUAUCCUGGAAAGGAAGUGAAAAAAGGUUUAGAUAACCUCUACAAGAAGGUUGAUAAACAUUUAUGUGAAGAGGAGAACUUACUUCAGGUAGUGUGGCAUUCCAUGCAGGAUGAAUUUAUACGCCAGUACAAGCACUUUGAAGGUUUGAUAGCUCGCUGUUAUCCCGGAUCUGGUGUUACAAUGGAAUUCACCAUUCAAGAUAUCCUGGAUUAUUUCUCCAGCAUUGCACAGUCCCACUAAACCUUAUGAAAUAAGAAAAAAAUGAUAGCUGAGAAAAGCACUCCUAAGUACACUUAUACUAGACGUUAUUAAAAAAUAUCAAGCAACUGUUUAAGAAACCAUACUUGAAAUUUUAUUGUAUUAAGUGUCAGAUAAGUGGGUGGUAAUAUAUUACAAAUAUUCAAGAGCAAAAGUACCAACCUGCGUAGCAAUUUUAUUUGCCUAAUAGGUUGUGUACUAACUUAAAAGCACUUAAUGCAGAAUGCCUUUAGCAUUUUUCUAUGACUACACAAAAUUUUCCUUUAUUGCCUAACUUCUUGUAUUUAAGAGUGGUUAUCUUAAGUGUGAUGCAGUAGGAUUUCUUCAACUUUCACUAAUUCAGUAUUUCUUACAAAUCAUGUAACCACUAUAAUAUUGUACAGAAUUUUUUCUUUUUAAUGUGUAUGUGGGUAACUUGCAAUGAUCAGUUAUAAACUUUGAUUUUAAGGACUAUGUGACUAUGUAGCAAUGAAUCUGAAGUAAAGAAAUUUUCAAA